AUGCCUGGUGGCUUUGGAGGUCAACAACAACCCCAACAACCAGCACGCUCAGGAACGAACCGAUUACCGAACGGGAAGCUAGGAAACAACAGCUCCGGCUGGGCUUUCGGAGGGGGUGUUCCAAUGGCAGGAGCAGGCCCUCAAAAUCCUGGACGCCAACUUGGCGGGAACGUGAGCUUUGCGCAGAGCUUGUCAGGUUCUCAGCCAGCUACGUCCCUCGACUUAUCGUACGUAUAUCUGGCUGCUGUUGAUAUCAUUGGAACUACGACAUUUCUUCUUGGCAUCGAAUUCGAAUUCCCAUCAUUAUCGAACAACGCCCAAAUGUCGAACGCCAACCAGUCAUCUAUGUGGUCGACAGCUGGAUCGCGAAACCUGGGCGGCCCCAUUCAGCGCAAUCAACCCACCACCCAGCAAGGCGGCCAGGAUGACAUGUUCAGCCCUACCUCUUCCAGAGCGCAAGGAAGUUUCAGAUUCGGCAACCAAGGGAGCAUUGGACAACCAGCUCAACCCACAAGUGUUGACGAAUUCCCGCCACUCAAUCGAACUUCAAAUGGUGAAAUAGGACCGGACCGGACAACGAGUCUGAUGUCCUCUCUGGGCUUUGGUUCCCAGGCUGGCCCUGGAUCUGCAACGAGCAACAGGGGGAAUGGUCUCUUGAAUGCCCUCUCGGCUAAUAGUCGAGCGAUUGAGGCAAGGUCACCACCACCUGGCAUCGGUGCCCCUGGUUCUUCAAGACCGCAGGAUGGUAAACCUCCAGGUUUGGAACUGGAUCCCCGGCAGAAGUCGACCAGGGAGGAGGAACCUACAGAGAUCGCAUCUCCUAUGGCAGAAUUCAACACCGAACCUGCUUCCUUACGAAUCAAGGAUGACCAAGAUACACACGCCUCCGAAGUCAUUGAUCCUCUUGCGGGUAUGGCUGCGGUAGACAAAUGGGGACUGAAAGGACUGCGGACCCUGAUGAACAACCAUCCUGACUACCACGCUAUGGUUGUGGGCAUGGAUCCUGGAUCACUAGGCCUUGAUAUAAGCUCCCAAGACCUAUUUUCCACGCAGAACUAUUCGCUUUUUGACGAUGCACCCCCUCGUCCAGCACUCCCUACCGGAAAGUUCCGGUUGCCGGAUUGUUACAACGUGACAAAUGUGCAACCUAUCGAAAGCAAGAUUCCAAGUUUUAAUGAGGAGACUCUUUUUUGGAUCUUCUACAGUUGCACAGCGGAUGUGAAGCAACAGAUGGCUGCAGUAGAACUCCACUCUCGUAACUGGAGGUGGCACAAGAAAUUGCAGCUCUGGCUCACUAAAGACGAGCACAUGACGCCUCAAAUACUGAGCCCCAACCAUGAGCGAGGUUUCUACAUUGUCUGGGAUACAACUAACUGGCGUAAAGAGCGUCGAGAGUUUACUUUGCACUACGGUGACCUAGAUACUACGUUGAGUCAGACACAAUCGGUACCUUAG